AUGAAAUCGUUAAUCUCUUCAGAAAAACUCAAUAGUGAUAAAAGCAUCGUGGAGGCUAUCGAUAGUCAUCUAAAAGCUACCAAGUUUGUCGAUUCCCUCAAAUCCACUCUCGCAGGUCUUCAUUUAUUUGCACUUCCUUUAGGCGUGAUAUCGUUAAGUGUUAAUCUAUAUCGUCUAUGCGUGUACAUUGUGACAGAAAAUAUAGGCGCCAUGAGUAUAUCGUUAUUAUAUGUUGUCUGCCAUUUUGGCUACUUAUUUUUUUUCAAUUAUUUGGGUCAACAAGUAAUAAAUUAUAGCGACAAUGUCUUUAAGAAGAUAUGCAGUACUCGGUGGUACGCGGCUCCAUUAAACACACAAAAAUAUUUUAUGAUGAUAAUGCACCGAAGUAUGAAAACUUCCACAUUGAUGGUCUAUGUUGGUUUAUUCUUACCAUCUUUAGAAGGUUUUGCCUCGGUAAAAUAAAUUGCUUAUAUGUAAAUUGCCACAGUAAUUUACAGAAGGAAUAUUAAAAAUUUGUUUAUAUUUUUCAUAUCUUGUUGCAGCUCGUCAGCACAUCAUUAUCAUACUGUAUGGUAAUUUAUUCUAUACAUCAACCGUAAUAAGAUAUAACCAAAUAGUAAUCAACAAGUGAAAUUGAUAAAUUUCGUGAAAAAAAUAUAUCACGUUAAAUAGAAAAUAAUGUUUCCGGGCCUUUAGGAAUUUUAAAUCUGUU